AUGCCAAAAAGGAAGAAUUCCGAUAACGAUUUAGAUAGUAUAAGUAAGAAGAUAAAAAAGCUGGAGAAAAAAUUAAAACGCAUGCGACGGCGUCGUAUCAGUGAUAGCAGCUCUCAUGAUUCAGCACCCGCUUCCGAUGAACAAGCAAUUCGGGAUAUACUGGACAGCUCAAGCUCACCCAAAUUAGAUACACCCUUUCAACCAGACAUUCAAGAAUUUAUAAUACCCACACCAACGAGCGAAAUGGAGCCAACUGUUGACCUUCAAACCGAGCCAUCGGUUGAAAUCGAACCUGUCACUCAAACGGUUGAAAAUGAUGCUGGCACCAUCGACACACUUGAUAGCGUUGCCUUAGAUAUCUUGGGUGAUGACCCAUCUUCUGUAACAGAAUAUGGUAGAGAUAUUCACAAAGAACUUGCAAAUCGCCUCCAACAUAUUGCGACUGAUGGGCUGACUAAGGAAACCCGCAGAGAACUAUGCAGCAAAUAUCUAAUACCUGCAAACAGUACAAAAUUUGCUGCGCCACUCGUAAACGCCGAAAUAAAAGCGGCACUAUCUGAAAUCACAAUAAAACGUGAUAAAGGCAUAGAAUCGCGCCAGAAACAGCUUGCAUCAGCAAUCUCUGGGUUAGCUGGUGUACUCAAUCAGGAGCUAAAUUCUAAAGACAGGGAUAGCUCACGCCUUAAAACUUUAAUGGACGUUACUCGCAUUUUAUGCGAUAUACAGCACGCCGAAUCUGUCACCAGACGCUAUCUAGCAAUGAGCACAAUAAAAAAGGACCUCCGAGAGCACUUAACUAAUACAAAAAUAGACAAAUAUCUUUUCGGUGAAAAUCUCAGCGAAACACUGAAAACCGCAAAAACGGUCUCUAAAUCAGGCUCAGAUUUAAAAAUAAAAACCCAAACCAGACCUUACCCACAAAACACAACGGGAAAUUUAAACUACAAAGCUCCGGUCCUAGCUCGCAGGCAACAACAGGGACCACAACGGAGCCGCGGGCCUGCUCCUCGCACGACAGCUCCACGACAGGGCUGGUACUCACAGAACCCGACGCACUUCAACUCGUCGAAGCCGUCGCAACCUCCGCCGAAACCCUCAGGACGUCGUUAA